CAACAAGAAGAACAGCUCAUGAGAGGUUUCAGAAAUUUUUAUAAGAUAAGGGAAAUUUGAAAUUAAGAUCAUAUAAUGUCGCUAAAUUAUCACAUUAGUGAUUUUUUCUUAUAAUUAUUUAGUACACCCACUAGUAUCAUUUACCCCUCUGUAGGUCGUUUUUUUUUGAUUGUAUAUGCUAUAGUUGUGUUCAUUUGAGAGUUUAGAUCGCAUGUAGGAGAACUAUAACAAAUCCAGUGUGAACCUUAAGGAUCUAUGUGCCUUUCCCCUUUCUUCUUAUUACAUACAUAUGCUUUCAAGUGGAAUAAAAAUUUCAAAAUAAAAAACGUGGCAAAAAAAAGAGAAUAAUUAAUUUAAGCACCAUAAGCUCAAUUGUUACAUACUCAUAAAAUGUACUCAUGAUUGUAUCAUUUAUUUUCUUCUCCUUUCAGAAUAUACACCUUUUUUUAGGUAUCGCACAAAUAUAGAUCUACGAAAUAUUCACGUUAAUUUGGCAAAAAAUUUAUCCUUGAUCCCUUACUUGAUUAGAUUUUGGGACAAUCUUACAAUCUAUUUCAUAAGUUCCAUAGAAAAGCAACAACAAAAAGCUCUAUUCAUCUUGAGGGUAACUUUUUCUAGAGCAGAUUCAGAUACAUGCCAGCUGUCGAUCAGCCACUAGUGGUUGGAUUCAGUAACCAUGUGGAACUGACCAUUCACGACGCUUUCCUGGCCUCUGCGGGGGUCCUUCAGUGCAAUCCGGUUGCUCGCGUUUUUGUGAUGACAGUAAAGACCCUCCUCGACCCAGGCACCACUGCAGCAAACACCGCAGCGGUUGUCUCCCCUACCUCUGUAUUAUCUCCUAUGUAUAACAACAUUCAGCCCAUCGAUAAGAAGAAAAAAACUGAUGAGAAGAGGCUGUCUAACAACCCUUCGAGCGAUCCGAGAAAAUCCCCUGUUGAGAGUGCAAGAGGGGUUCAGGUCACUAUUAACACAAGGGAGGUCGGCCGCACUACACCGCGGCUCUUCACCUGCCGCCCCUCCUUCGGUGAGACUGUGGGUUUUGACGUGGAGGACAGUAGCUCCCUAACAAGCCUGACGAACAAGCCGCCUGAUGCUGCAUAUAAUGCACGAGAUCAAUACAAAACUACCGGACGACGUGAUGCGAAUCUGAACAAAUCUGACCCCCAAGGUCUUGUUGCCGGCUCAACGCAGACAAUUGAAGACUACGUGGUUAUCGUGAUAGAGGAGGCCGAGGCCCCGAGCGGCAGUCGUCGCUGUUUCGGCGUCGCCUACUGCCCUUUUUCCCCGCACUGUGAGAGCGCAUCGCCGUCUGAGAGGCCGGUUAAGGUGAUGCUGCAGCCGCGAAACGUCCACGACCCCGCCGAUCCGCUCUUUCUGGAGGACAUGCGGGUGCUGAUGGAGCAGCGCCUGGACGAUUUCGGGCAUGUGGGGGUGAGCUGGCACGUUCGUAUGCGGCCGCACGGUGGGGCGCUGCAGGGGGUGGAGCAUCCCCUCGCCGCUGGGGCGGCCGCGCCGUCCUUUCCCCUGGGACUCACCCUAAAGUGCACCUGGCUAGCCCCGUCUUACCUCACCAACGAAGACGGUGCAGGGCUGACCACGUCUGUGGAGUUCGGCGGGAUGGAGCGGUUUGCCUUCGCGGGCCCGCGGCGGCCGAUGUUCCUUACCAUUCGCAGUGCCGCCCAGCUCCGUGUGGUGAACCUCCACUGCAGUGCGCCGGGCCUGUCUCAGCAACCAUGUGAAAAAGCCUCCGGACACGGCCUCGGCCUGAGCCAGAGCCUGAGCCACAGCCAAGGUCUAAGCCAAAGCCUCAGUCAAAGCCAAUGGGACCAAGGGGAGGCCACUGUCACAGACGUUCUCGUGAGCCUCCCGCUGCCCCCGCUCUCCACGCUGCAGGGGCUGGACCGGGACGUGCACUGGGCGGCCCCCGUCCGCACCUCGCAAGGAGCCGAUUGGGGCAUACUGCUUGCCUCUAUCCGGCUCUCGCGGCGGCAGCUUGAGGGGGGGACGCCGAUCUGCGGCGUCGAGCGCUGUCCCCGCAUCAACGACCCACUUCACCAGGAGGAGUUCGCGCACGUGGCGUGGGAUGGGAAAGUGAAGACUGAGGGGGGAAACGACGACGCACCGCCGAUACCCGAUACACCCCUCUCCGCUUAUCAGCCCGUGAUGUGGGAAUCAGAGGGACACGUAGCCGCGGCAGCGAGGCGUGCAUGGCGGCGGCGCUGUGUUCUCGAGGCGCAGCCGAUGGCGGAGCAUGUUCGGCAUCUCUUUGAAGUGUUAAUGGGCCGUACUGGGAUCGACGCUGGUGUCGCAAACGUCGCGAGCACCUUUUUUAACCGCUCAAUCCAGGAAUUGACUGCCGCGGAUCUUAAAGAGCUGAUGGUAGCCUUUGCCUUUCAUGCCAAGGGUCUCUCCGCAAUCGAGGCCGCGAGCUUCUGUUUUGUUGCGCUGCGUCGUGAUGUGGAGAAUGCUAUUGCCCUCGAAGAGGUUCACUACUUACUGGAGCACUCGCUGAUUGGCAAGACGUGUGAUAUGCCCCAAUCGGAGAUUCGACGAUGGGUAACCGACAUCUUUGGCACCCUCUCACACGUUUCCUUUGAGCACUUUAAGCAAUAUUUUCUGCACAACUAUGCUAUGUGGGCAGCCUUUGGCGUGCCGCUCGCUGUUAAUGUCGCCUCGUCCAGCGCGCAACGACAUCACCACGUCGUGGGACCCCUUUCCGAGGUGCUGGCGGGUGGACUUAGUGCCCUGCCGCUCGAGCAUAUCGACCGCCAGACGCCCCCACAAGAGGCCGCCGGUGGCGGCAUCACUGCCGCCCCACCAGAGCGCAUCCAGGCCCCGCGCUCCUUGUCCUCUCGCACCGCCUCCCCAAACGCCAAAGCAAACGGCUGGCGUACCUUUGUGGUGAUUGUCUCGAGCACGAAGAAAACCUUCAGCGUGACUGCCCACGUCGAAGAUACGAUCGGGGACGCGAUGUUGAUGGUGGAGGAAAGCUGUGGGAUCAAAGCGGCUCUCCAAGAGUGGUGGCUUGGCGGUGAAACGCGUCUAAGUGGAAAGACGCGUAUCGGAAACACCGUCUUGGGGGUUCCCCCAGCUCUGAAGUCGAGCCGGGGAACCAGCCCACAAACCUCACCCCCGUUGGCUGAUGUUGUGAUUAAGGAACAGGAUGGAACUAUUUUGAUACAUUAUUCGUAUAAAGCGAAAAACAUGCGGUGGCAUGAACGUGUUCCGACUGAGGAAAGAGUUCUGAAGCUCCGGGCUGCUGUUCAACGAAAAACAUUGAUUCCGUUAUCGCGUUGUGUACUCCGCGUGGUUCCGGCAGGAAGCAGUGGAGGUAAAGAAGGCAAAAUGAAUGGCACGUCCGCGGUUAUUCUACAUGAUCGUCAUCCCAUAUCCCAUUAUAAUCUACAGUCUGGUGUAACGAUAGAAGUUCUUCAGGAAUAA